UAAAGUGUCGAUGGUUGUUUUCUGAACAGUGCAUCAUGGAAGCGGCCGUGAAAGCAUUUGACCACGCCGUGAUAGGAGCGGGAAUAGUGGGCUCAUGGACGGCUCUUCGUCUGCAGAAUUUAGGAAAACAUGUUGUUCUUCUAGAGCAGUUCCGGGAGCCCCAUACUCGGGGCAGUUCCCAUGGCCAGACCAGGCUCAUCCGCACCGCCUAUAAGGAAGAAUUCUUUGCCCGCAUGAUGCCCAUAGCUUUUGACAUGUGGAGAGAAUUGGAACGAGAAUCUAGAAAACAGCUUAUUGUGAAUACCAAAAUUUUAUGCCUUGAGCACUCUUCAGAUAAACUUAAUUAUGAAAAGUGCAUAAAACACAUGAAAGAAAUCAGCCCUGAAAACCUCGAAGUAAUAAGUCCUGAUGAAAUGAAAUCGAAAUAUUCAAAGACUCUGAAUUAUAAAAAUCUUGCUGGAGCUUUCUUGGAUAAAACUGGAGGUGUAAUGCUCGCACAUAAAUCUCUUCUAGCCGUUCAGGAACUGUUCCGUCAAAAAGGCGGCACAUUGUGGGACAGCUGUCCAGUAUCUCAGAUCAUACCUGAAGAGAACAAGGUGCAGAUUAAGACCGAAAGAGGAGAUGUUAUCGCCCGUUCCGUAGCAAUCUGUACUGGACCGUGGACGCCGAAAUUGCUGUCUUCUCAACUUCCCCCUUCUGUACCCUUGCAGCCGCUUUUUGUGAAUGCGUUUUACUGGAAGGAAAAGAUCAGAGGUGCAUACAGUGCCGAGUCUGGUUUUCCGACAUUAUUAGAGCUCUCUACUCCUCGUAUAUAUGCAAUCCCUUCACUGGAAUAUCCUGGACUUAUGAAAGUCUGUUAUCACGGUGGAGUGCCUUGUAACGACCCAGACGAAAGAGACAAAACCCUUGUGAAUAGUAUGCCUCUUAAUACUGUCAAAGACUAUAUCAAGGAACACAUGCCUCUCUUAGAACCGGAACCAGCUAUAGUAGAGAAAUGUAUGUAUACGAAUACGCCUGAUGAAAUCUUCAUCGUUGACACAUUACCAAAACUUAGGAAUGUUGUCAUUGGAACGGGAUUUUCAGGAACUGGUUUCAAGACUGCUCCAGUCAUCGGAAGGUUGCUGAGUGAAAUGGCUGUUGGGAUUGAACCUUUCUUGGAUAUCACGCCUUUCCGGUUAUCGAGAUUCGACUCCUCUGAAAGACAACAUUGAUUUCAUAGAUACAAAGAUAUCUGAAAGAUAUGGACGACAUUUGUGACUUUUUUUUAUUUUUUUUUUUUAUUUUUUUUUUUUUUGUAAUUAGAGAUUUUUGAAAUUUUAUAGAUGAUAUAUUAUGAUCUUAUUUUAUUGAAAGAAAAGUAAAUUUAAUAAUAAAGAUUUGAUGCGGUUCAAACAUUAAAAUGCCUCUAAACAUGUUUUAAACAUUUAA